AUGUGCAACCUCGCGGUGCUGAACUACAAGUGUGGGCACAAGGACUCGCUCCUGAUCUACUGCCCCAAGAACGAUCCGGCCCAACUGUGCGAGGCGGCCAAGCAGACCAUCUUGGCGUGCUACCAGUUCGACGGCAACUGCAUGGACUGCCAUGGGCGCUGGUGCACGAAGCAAGACGAUAUGCGCCUAGCCUUGCUUAAUAGCGAGAUCGACAGCCUCGUGGCCAAGAAGAACGACAUCUCGCCCCUGGAUCUGGAGCUCAUGAUGGCCAAUGCCCGCAGCAAGGCCAUCACCCGCGACCGUCUCGCCCACGGAAAGGAGGACGAUAUGGAGGGCGACAUCAGGUUCAGCAAGGAGUGGGCCAUAGAACACGCCAAGAUUGUAUGGAAUAUCCUCUACCACGAGACUGAGGGUGACCAGGACCGCCUCGACGAGCUCGAGGGCGCCCGCCUCCACCUGAUCACAGCCCAUGCCAUUGGCUAUUGCAGUUGCAACGGCAGCGUGUGA